AUGAAUAAUAAUAUAGAUAAUAGUAGUAAAAAUAAUAAUACAUUACACACAAUUGAAUCAAUAAAAAGAUAUCUAAAAAAAAAUAUUGAAAAUAAAAGUUAUGGUUUCAAUAUAUUUAAAAAUGCUCAAAUGAAAAAGUUCGAAAAUGGGUAUGUGGAGGUUGAAUUAAUAAUUAAAAAAGAAUUUACAAAUGAAAAACAAUUUGCACAUGGAGGAUUUCUAGCGUUCCUAUUAGAUUCGUUUGCAUCAGUAUGCUAUAUCAGUACUUUGGAGUUAUCUAAUCUCAAUUUUGGGGUUACAGUAAAUAUGAACGUUAGUUAUAUAUCUACAGCUAAAAUCAAUGAAAAGAUUACAGUUAUAUCUACAAUAGAAAAAAAUACAAAUUUUUUAGUAUUUGCAAAUUCAAAAAUAAUUAAAGAAGACGGUUCAUUAGUAGCAAUGGCCAAUGUUAUUUUCAAAGUUCCUAAAUCAAACUAUUAA